AUGUCUAUAACCCAACUCCAGGCCGCAGGGAGUAAGCUUGGCCAAGUAAAAAAACCAUUACCUGCUCCCAAAAGUCUCCCAGACCCUGGAGACAUGCCUGUAAACUUCGAUCAAGAUGAGCCGGACACCAAGCCAGACUUCAAUUCGGAAAUCAGAACAGAAGGAGACAAAGCCUACACCAAGAUAGCUGGGCCGAAAGGUGACUUUGCCAUUGAAACAAUGGAGGAACUUGGCUUUCCAGCUGCAACCACUCCUCAUCGGGGAGGAGAAACGCUCGCGCUCAAGGCUCUCGACGAAAUCAUCGCAGACAAGAAAUACACGGCUACCUUUGAGAAGCCCAAGACCAGUCCAGCACAGUUCGAGCCACAGGCUACGACUCUGCUAUCACCGCAUCUGCACUUUGGCUCGCUCUCUGUGCGAGAGUUCUACUGGCGCGUCAAAGACGUCGUGGAUUCAUACAAGGGUGCUUCCUCGCCCCCCGAGAGUCUGAUUGGUCAGCUGCUCUUCAGAGACAUGUACUUUGCUGCUCAGGCCGCACUGGGGUAUGUCUUCUCACAGACAGCCAACAAUCCGUACUGUCGUUUCAUUCCCUGGAAUCUUCCCUCGAAAAGGGAUCCUGAGACGGGUCUCGUCACUGGAGAGUACCACGUGGACUCGGAAGAAGCAGAGAUCUGGUUCAAGAGAUGGAGGGUUGGCAUGACCGGGUUUCCCUGGAUCGACGCCCUGAUGCGGCAGCUCAAGGAUGAGGGGUGGAUUCAUCACCUUGGACGUCACGCCGUAGCCUGCUUCCUUACUCGAGGGGGCUGCUAUAUCGACUGGGAACGAGGCUGCGAGGUCUUUGAGGAAUGGCUUAUAGAUCAUGAGCCGGCAUGUAACGCAGGUAAUUGGCAGUGGCUAUCCUGUUCUGCCUUUUUCUCGCAGUACUUCCGCUGUUACAGUCCAGUGGCCUUUGGACAGAAGUGGGACAAGAAAGGAGACUUCAUCCGUCGAUACGUGCCCGAGUUAAAGGAUAUGGAUGCCAAGUAUAUCUAUGAGCCCUGGAAAGCUCCUCUGCAAGACCAAAAGAAAGCAGGUGUUCGCAUUAAGGGAGAUGGUCUGAACGAUGUCGAGGAGGGCACGUACCCCAAGCCGAUGUUCGAUUUUGCCAAAAGACGCGAUGUAUGUAUUUCUUCUAUGAAGGCUGCGUACCAGGUUGGUCUUCAUGGAAAUGAUGGCCAAGCACUCGAUGGGACGUGGCGUAAGCUGUUCCCUACAGACCGCGGAGAAGUGCAAGGGGAUGUUGAGAGUGACUAUGGAGAGCAUGCGGAUUAUGCAGAGGAUGGAGAGGGACAGUCUGAUAACGAGGCCAAAGAGGAAGGGGAGGGUAUAGCCUCUGUCAAGAAGGAAGAUGGCGAUACAAAGGGUAAGCGGAGUGCGAGACGACAUAGCACGGAAAAGGUAUCCAAGAAGAAGAAAGUAUAG